AUGAGUCGCCUGAUAGCAAAUUUGUGGAGAUCUCAGACGAGAUCUGCGUCUUCUAGGGCUUCUUUGACGGCACCAUCGAUCGUGUCUACAAUUGCAAGUAAAGCGCCAAUCAUCAACCAUUGUCCAGAGGAAGCACAAUUGAGGCGAAGACUUCCCAAUAGGUGUGGUGCAUUGGGUGUGAAAAGAGGAAUGAUCCCGCUUUUCGACGAAGCCAGUGGGAAGAGAAUUGCGGCCACUGUUUUAGAACUCAAUAACGUUGAGGUGAUCAUGAAUAGAACAGUUGAAAAAAAUGGAUAUUUUGCUUGCCAAGUUGGAUUUGGGAACAAACAUCCUGACAAGGUUUCGAGACAAAUGCUGGGACAUUUCGCCUCGAAAAUCGUAAACCCCAAGGAGAAACUAAUUGAAUUCCGAGUGAAAAAUGAGUCUGGGCUUCUUCCGCCUGGGACCGUGAUAAAGCCUUCUUUUUUUCAGCCAGGACAGUACCUGGAUGUUAGGUCUGUGAGCAAGGGUAAAGGUUUUGCUGGUGUCAUGAAACGUCACAACUUCAAAGGUCUCAAGGCUUCUCAUGGUGUUUCUGUAUCGCACAGAAAAGGUGGUUCUUAUGGUCAAAAUCAAACACCCGGUCGUGUUCUUCCAGGGAAAAAAAUGCCUGGGCAUAUGGGUGUUCAGCAAGUAACCAUACAAAAUUCGCAAGUUCUUAAGGUCGACGAUGAAAAUCGUGUUGUGCUAGUCAAAGGUUCAAUAGCGGGACCUAAUGGCUCCUACGUUAGAAUUCAGGAUGCCAUCAAGAAGGCACCAAAAUUUUGA